UCGCGCAGCUGCGCUUUAGCUGUUAGCUGUUAGAGGAAGAUGGCGGCGGAUAGCAGACGCGCUCGGCUUCUCCUGCGCUUCAUCAUGUCCCAGUGCUUCUGCGUGGUUGUGGCGCACGGGCUAAAACCAGGGGCUAAUGGUAACCUCCAUCCUGCUCCUCCGGUGGUGAAGGUGCCCGUGAACCGGCCCCUGAAGCUCGGAGCGCCGAAUUCGGUGAAUAUGGGAGGCGCGGCGGCGGCGGCGGUCUCGCAGGCGAGGAGGGCGCUCAGCUGGAAGCUGGCAGAAGAGGAGGCCUGCCGAGACGACGUGAGCCGGCUGUGUCCUAAACACACCUGGAGCAACAACCUGGCUGUGCUGGAAUGCUUACAGGACAGAAAGCAGGAAACAGAGAUCGCUUCUGACUGCAACCAUUUGCUGUGGAACUAUAAACUGAACUUGACUACUGAUCCCAAGUUUGAGUCUGUAGCAGUUGAAGUGUGUAAAAGUACAAUAUCAGAGAUUAAAGAAUGUGCAGCUGAAGAGAGAGGUAAAGGCUAUCUAGUGUCCUGCCUGGUGGAUCACCGUAGCAACAUCACGGAGUACCAGUGCAAUCAGUACAUCACGAAGAUGACCAGCAUCGUCUUCAGCGACUACCGCCUCAUAUGCGGGUUCAUGGACAAGUGUCGAGAGGACAUCAACACCCUGCACUGUGGAAGCAUCACCACUGGGGAGAAAGACCUGCACUCUCAAGGUGAGGUCAUUGCAUGUCUGGAAAAAGCUUUGGUACGAGAAGCAGAGCAGCAAGACAAGGUUCACCAAAUCCGAGACGACUGCAAGAAGGCCAUCAUGCGAGUGGCCGAGCUCUCGUCUGACGACUUCCAUCUGGACCGCUACCUCUACUUUUCCUGUCGGGAUGAUCGAGAGCGAUUUUGUGAAAACACCCAAGUUGGAGAAGGCAGGGUUUACAAAUGUCUUUUCAACCACAAAUUUGAAGAAGCAAUGUCUGAAAAGUGCAGAGACGCCCUGACCACUAGGCAGAAGCUGAUCGCUCAGGACUAUAAGGUCAGUUACUCACUGGCUAAAGCGUGCAAGGCUGACCUCCGCAAAUAUCGCUGUAGCCUGGACGCCAACAUGCCCCGAGCCCGAGAGGCAAGACUGUCGUACUUACUCCUCUGCCUGGAGUCUGCAGUUCACAGAGGACGCACAGUGAGCGGAGACUGUCAGGGUGAGAUGCUGGACUACAGGCACAUGCUGAUGGAGGAUUUCUCCCUGAGCCCGGAGAUUGUGCUGCACUGCCGGGGCGAGAUCGAGGCUCACUGUUCCGGCCUGCAUCGUAAGGGAAGAACACUGCACUGUCUCAUGAGGGUGGGCCGAGGAGACAAGGGGCCGAUGGACAGCCACUGCCAGAAUGCACUCCAGGCACUCGUCCAGUCUGCUGACCCUGGUGCUGAUUACCGCAUUGACCGGGCUCUCAAUGAGGCAUGCGAGUCUGUAAUACAGACAGCUUGCAAACACAUCCGCAAUGGAGAUCCCAUGAUCCUCUCAUGUCUCAUGGAGCAUCUCUACACAGAAAAGAUGGUAGAGGACUGUGAGCACAGGCUGCUGGAGCUGCAGUACUUUAUCUCCAGAGACUGGAAGCUCGACCCUAUUUUGUAUCGGAAAUGCCAGAACGACGCGUCCCGGCUUUGUCACACACACGGCUGGAAUGAGACGAGCGAGAUGAUGCCCCCAGGCGCUGUGUUUUCCUGCCUCUAUCGUCAUGCUUACCGGACAGAAGAACAAGGCAGACGGCUUGAUCCAGAACAAUAUCUAACGAGGGAGUGUAAAGUGGAAGUCCAGAGGAUCUUGCAUCAGAGGGCUUUGGAUGUGAAGCUUGACCCCGAACUCCAGAAACGCUGCAUGACUGACCUGGGAAAAUGGUGCAGUGAGAAGACUGAUACUGGUCAGGAACUGGAGUGUCUACAAGACCAUCUGGAGGAUCUGUUGGCAGACUGCAGGGAUGUGGUGGGAAACCUGACCGAGCUCGAGUCCGAGGACAUCCAGAUUGAAGCGCUGCUGAUCCGAGCGUGUGAGCCGGUCAUCCAGACCCACUGCCACGACAUGGCUGAUAAUCAGCUAGACACGGGGGAUCUGAUGGAGUGCCUGGUGCAGAACAAACAUCAGAAGGAGAUGAAUGAUAAAUGUGCUGUUGGAGUGACGCACUUCCAGCUGAUUCAGAUGAAGGACUUUCGCUUCUCCUAUAAGUUCAAGAUGGCCUGCAAAGAGGACGUCCUCAAACUGUGUCCUAACAUUAAAAAGAAAGGUGAUGUAGUGAUCUGUUUGAGCACCACAGUGAGGAAUGACACUCUACAGGAUGUGAAGGAGCAGCGAGUGUCCCUGAAGUGUCGCAGACAGCUGAGGGUGGAAGAGCUGGAAAUGUCGGAGGACAUUCGUCUAGAGCCUGAGCUGUACAGUGCAUGUAAGAAGGAUAUCGAGAGGUGGUGCUCUUCUGUUUCAUUCGGCAACGCUCAGGUCACUGAGUGUUUGAAGGAGAAUAAACAGCAUUUGUUUCACACAUGCCAUCAGAAGGUGUUUAAGCUGCAGGAGACGGAGAUGAUGGACCCUGAGCUGGACUACCAGCUAAUGAGAGUCUGUAAACAGAUGAUUAAGCGUUUUUGUACGGAGUCUGAUGCCAAGAACAUGCUGCAGUGCCUGAAACAGAACAAAAACAGUGAGCUAAUGGACCCCAAAUGUAAGCAGAUGAUCACCAAGAGACAGAUUACUCAGAGCACAGACUACAGGCUUAAUCCUGUGCUACGGAAGGCCUGCAAAGCAGAUAUUCCCAAAUUCUGUCAGAACAUCCUGAACAAGGCCACUGAUGACAGUGAACUGGAGGGUGAGGUCAUUUCCUGUCUCAAGCUCAAGUAUGCCGACCAGCGUCUGUCUUCAGACUGUGAGGACCAGAUCAGGGUGAUCCUGCAGGAGUCGGCCCUUGACUACAGACUGGAUCCUCAGCUUCAGCUUCACUGCAACAUGGAGAUCACAGACUUGUGUGCAGAGGAAGCCGCUGCGCAAGAACAAACAGGCCAAGUGGAGGAAUGUCUAAAGACCAACCUGCUGAAGCUCAAGCAUGAUGCUUGCAAAAAGGAGGUUUUGAACAUGCUCAAGGAGAGCAAAGCAGACAUUUUCGUGGAUCCGGUCUUGCACACAGCCUGUGCCUUGGACCUGAAGCACCAGUGCGCAGCGAUACCCCCCGGACGAGGCAGACAGAUGUCUUGUUUAAUGGAGGCUCUCCAGGACAAGAGGGUGAGACUGCAACCCGAGUGUAAGAAGAGACUGCAAGACCGGAUAGACAUGUGGAGCUAUGCAGCCAAGGUGGCCCCAGCUGAAGGCUUUGCUGACUUGGCCUUCCAAGUGAUGAUGUCACCUUCCAAGAAUUACAUCCUGUUGGUGAUUGCGAUGGCUCUGUGCGUCCUCUUCCUGGUGGGCUUGCUGUGUGGCCGCAUCACUAAACGCGUGAAAAGGGAACUGAAGGAUAGGUAGAGCCUGGAUCCUGGGCUCAUACAUCUCGGACCCAUUCUAAAAAAAGAAAAAAAAACACAAAAAAAAGAGGCCUAGACCCUUUUGACCGCUUAUCCACCGUUCUAAUCCUGACCUGAGUGUCCUGCGUUACCAUCCCUGACUUGGGACGCUGUAAGUUAAAGUGGUGCUGGGGUCAGUGCCAUGUUACAGGCUCAUUCUGCUCCAUGCUGCCCCCUGCUGUGAAAGUCCCAGAAUACACAUAUCAAAAGUCAUCAGACUCGAGCAUUCUGGGACGUGAAUCUGUGCUUUCCUUUUCCCUUUUUUUUUUUUUUUUUCCUAAUUUUGAUUGUUUUAUUGAAUGCUUGAUUGACUCACUGUGCAAACAACAUGCCAUGUUGGUGACAGAUUUUGGAAACUACUUUCUUUACUCCAUUGCAUAGCAAUGCAUUUUUUUCUAGGAUUUAGGGUUUUUUUUUGCACUCUGAAACAUUGUACAGGUAUGCAGGUAUUCCACUCAGAAAUACAGCCAUACAGCUUCACUUUUUACAAAAAAAUUAGUAUAAAUAUGGGGCUCUAUUGUCCCAAAUCACUGGAUCUGAACAUAUUAGGAUUAUUUGAAAUAUUUUGUGUGAAAAUGUGGACUGAAGAUGAAAAGUACAUUUGUAACUGUUGGAGUUAGACAUUAUAAUUCCUGUGAUAUUUUAAAUAAUUGAAUAACCUAUGAAGAAACUUUAUAAUCUAUAAGAUUAGAAUAGAGGACUGGGGUCCUGUGCAAAGCAUAGAACAGAAGAAAAACGUUGAGUUAAUAUUACUCUUUUGUGAAUAAGUGUCCUUCUGAAGUUAGGGCUAUCCAAAAGAGUUGAUUAUACUAUAUACUUAUGGUAUAGAGUCAAACCUGGAACAAGUCAUACUCUUAUUUUUUUUUCUUUAUCUAGUCUACAUUUUCACACUUGGCACCUCAUGAAGAGACGUCUUGCUUUGAGAGGAAAUGGUUUCAAAACAACCUUUCCCUCUUUUUAGUUGCUAGCGAGAUUCACUUGGUUUAUGGUUUUGCUUUUGUGAUUUGAGGACACUUUUUUUUUUUUUUGGUUUUGUUUUGUUUUUUGAUGGUCACCUUUAUCUAACAGGGAUUUGAUGAGCAGGUGAGGGGAAUUACAAUUCAUUUCUCUAAUCUCCAAGUGAUUGAUCAUGUGAACAACUUGGUACCUAUUCAGAAUUUAAUAAAAAUCUUACAGGGGUGUGUAUAGUCUCUAAAAGAGGACGAAACAUCAAAAAAAAAAAAAGCCAAGAGUCCUUUGGACCAAUGUUAUUAAAAGUAAGUCACAUACAAAUUUCAGAGUUGCUUUGAAUGUUAACUGAAUUCUUGCAGUUUUUCUGCUGUGCUUUUAUUCUGCCCAUGGCCUUAUUUACUGUAUAUUUUCUGUUUAAUUUAUGUAUUGCUACAUCCACUGGUCCUUUUCUAGUCACUUUUAAGGCCUUGGCUGAAUUUGACUGAACUUUGCCCAAAUUUCCCACAGUCCAUCCUGCAGCCUUGAAAUGUGUGCCAGACCUCGCUUCAGCAGUUCACUCCGUGCUCACGGUGAGAGGACAUGGCACUUUGUAAAGUGAGCUCAUUUAUUUUUCCUUAUUCACAUGAUAUAGUACAGAGUUUAUAAAAAAUGAGCUCCAUUCCUCUGCAUAAUUCAUCAGAAAAUGGUCUUUUGCAGUGUAAGGUUUUUUAUACUGACCCUGGGAACUGCUAUCCAUAUUUAAGAAUACAGGAGGUUGCUGUAGGACUGGGGAUGUGACAAAUUUAUAUGAAUAUCAUCAUAGAUUAUUUGUGAUGCACUUUCCUAAGAGUAUUUUGUGUGUUCUCAAACGUUCAGUGGCCGCUUUUAAACUCACUGAAUUCUAGAUUACUUUUCAUGUACAUUCACUUUUUUCUCCUUGUUUAACACCCACUCUUUUUCCCCGAAUAUAUGGUGAACAAAUGAAAAACAGACAAAUUUGUCUUUAGAAAUGUACCAACAGGGGGUCCGAAAGUCUGAGAUCACUAGCGAAAAUGCUUCAAUUUUGCAUUCUUUUCUGAUUUACUACAAACCAUUUCAUUACAAAUGAUCAGCAACACCCUGAGUGAAAAGUAGAAUCUUUUCACAAUACAAUAUUUACAUGAAUUUCAGAGUUUCUGAAAAAUGUUCAAAUGUUUAUUUCCAAUUUUAUAUUUUAAUAAGUUUUUCAGUUUGAGUUUUUCAAUUUCAGAUUUUCAAUGUGGUCUCAGACGUUCUUACCCCACUGUAUAUUCACUGAAGAACAGCUAAAGACAGUAUUAUUUAAAUUAUUUAGAGACGUAAAGCAGAAAAGUUGGGGAUAAACUCCAAUCCACAUCAUUCAAUCAGUCAGGGUCGCUGCAGAUCCAGCGUCUAUCCCAGAAACACCCUGAAUAAGACGCUGGUCUAUCACAGGGCAACACACACACACACACACACACACACAAGUUCUCACACACACUCAUAGCCAAUCCACCGGGAUGUUUCUAUGAACUACGAGAGAGAAAUAAUAUAAAAUUGUAGCAUACAACAAUAUAAUAUUACAACACCGGUGAUGACUGCGACUGCAGGGGUUAAAUGUAAUGCUGCUGGUUUGCGGUCACGUGGUUAGCAUAUCACAUAUUCGUUAAAGGUUUUUCCCUCUUCACCCACCUUAAAUUUGGUCUUCACUGGAAUUCCCCAGUGGAUCUUUCAGUAGAAAUCUCCAUUAUGCAUCUGGAAUAAUUACUGAAUCUGUAGCUUUUCUCAGAGGGUAAGAACACUGGAAACACGGAGUAGCAUGUGCAAUAAUGUUUAGUAAAAAGUUCAUCACUGAGACGUUUAGAGAAUUUUAGAUGAGCACGGCGUCCUUUCCUCAAUAAGGCUUGAUUAAAUAUAUAAGAAUCUGCUGAUUUGUAUAAAGAUGAUGAUAAAUAGCAGGAACUCUGCUAACUGCAUAUCACUACAUGGAACAUAUUCAACAUUUUAUCUGAAGGUAUUUUGAGCAGUAAUUAUAUUCUGAUCUCAUGCACAGUAAAACCUGCAUUUAUCUCCUGGACUGCUUUUUCCUGGGUUGCUGAGACACACAGUUUAUUCCUUUAUCAUCUUCUUUUCAUUUAGAACCAGCUAGAGGCUUAUUGUUGAGAUGACUUUAUGGAGAUAAAUACAGAAGGGUUCUAAGGGAGGUUUUGUUUUGGAAGUAUUUCCCCUGUGAUUUGGACAAUGUUGAUGGUAUUCUGUAAAUAGUAGAGCUAGAUGGUCCCAUUUUUGUUGAUUUUAGUUUGGAUUGCGAAGUCUUAUGACUGUACAUCCCUAUAUUUGUAGAUAAAUGUCCUUGCUAAAUUGUAAAUAUAGGUCAUGAAUGUAUGGCAAGAUUUUUCUUUCUUUCUCCCUAAAUUCGACAGUACAACUUAUUGAAAAUAUUUCUUAGUCAAAACCGAUUCUAUUAUUUAGUCUUUUACUUGGAUUUUUUUUUCUCAAGCCUGUGUAGAUGGACUCGUGACACAGACUGCACUUUUGCUUCGUGUGUUUAUUUUAAAACUGUGCAAUGAAAGACUGAUGGAUACGUGUUUUUUUUUUUGUUUUUUUUUUGUAAUGGACAAGAAACAUAAGCAAGAAUGUGAUCUAAGUAAUAAAAAUGAAGGAAGGUACAGUCCAAGGUUUGUGACGAAGAGGUACAGACUGAAACCCAAACUGGAAACCCCACAGAUUUUUUUUUUUCUGCUCCUUUGCAAUGACUGAAACCAAAUUUGUUUCACUUUUUUUUUUUUUUUUUUUUUUUUGGUACUGUCUGUAGAAUAUUACUCAGAAUUGCUUACAACAUGGACUAAACCAUCUUGUAAAAAGCUCUGGCUGUGACAUUUUCUGCCAUGUAAUAUGGAGAUGUAACAAACUGAACAGAUGGUGGAUUUUUUUAAAUGUCUGUACAGAUUAUGAUUUGUGAGUUUAAUAAGACUAUAUUCAGAUUUUCUUA